UAGGGUCUCAGGGUGGCUGAGGGGUUCUGAAAAUACUAUUUUGAUUAAAGUAUGGACCAUGAUUUUUUUUCAGAUGGUACCUUAUUACACAGAGAUAAUUUAUGCAAAUUAGUAUGAUGUCCCGAUGACGUCAUCAAGAAUUACAAGGCCACGCCCCUUUUUAGAAAAAAGGCUCAUUUUUGGCUUCCAAUUAAAUAUUUUUCAAUGAUAUUUCCCAGUAAUGUAUAUAAUAUGGACUUAAACAGAUUCGCGUGCGUUUUUGAUCAUAUUUUGAAAUGCCGAUUUUUUGUGAAUUUUUCCGUGAAUUCUAAUUACCCCAUACGAUAUCAGCAGCUAGGAGCGCUAAAUUUCACUCCUUUGCGUCGGGUGCGCGCCAAGUUGUAGGUUACAGGGUACAUUUCAAAAUAAAACCCAUUUUACCCGUCUUUGGCAAGCAGUUUUUUAAAAUUGACGUCCUUAAAAUGACGUCUGUACUGUAGAGGUGCUUUAAACACCAUUUUGGUGCGGUAAAAGAGCCGAAAUCGCCGCUUUUUGGACCGCAUUCCAAUGGAACAAUCACUUCCGGUUGAAUGCCGGUCAGUGACCUCUCAGUCGGCGUCUUGUCUCACGAUUCGGAAGCCAAAACAAGGAUUUCCAUUUUUCCAGAGGGAGUAAGUAACAGCCAAAGCGUGCCCUGCCACGCUAAAGGCCACGUGACCGUCAUGACGUCAUCCCCGCCAACCCCAAACAACAAUGGCGGACCCGCAGCCGGCAGGCACGGGUGGUGGGAAAGUUAAAAGAAAGGCUUUCAAGAGUAAAAAACAGAGGUAUUCCGCGCUAGCGCGACUCUCAAACAAAGCCCAAGGAAUGGGUAGAGGUUCAAGGACCAGGAUUUUUGAUCCACCCGUAGGCUAUGAGGUCCAAACGUAUGAGCAAAGCCAUGUUAUGUACACGCCUGGGAAGACCCGAAUCCGUAGUGCGGCGGCCUCAGCGGACAUUUUGCAGGAAAGGGGUUUCAAUAGGAGCUUCAUACUUGAGAGCUCAGAAUCUGAGGCAGAACAGACAUCACUACCAGCAGACGGGCCUCUGCCCGAGGACCAGCCAUCUACAUCAGCAGACAGGCCUCUGCCCGCGGACCAGCCAUCCACAUCAGCAGACAGGCCUCUGCCCGAGGACCAGCCAUCUACAUCAGCAGACAGGCCUCUGCCCGCGGACCAACCAUCCACAUCAGCAGACAGGCCUCUGCCCGAGGACCAGCCAUCUACAUCAGCAGACAGGCCUCUGCCCGAGGACCAGCCAUCUACAUCAUCAUGCAUGCCUCCCUCAGAGAGCCUUAUGGAAAGAGCCAGUAGCACAUGGAAGUCCCUGGCAACAUCCAUGUUCAUUGCUUAUGGUGACUCUUUGGGACACUUGAUUCACCAGAUCAAUGAGAAGAGGACCUGCGCAACAGAGGGGUGCAAUGGAAUGAUGGUACCUUGGAGCACAGAAAGAGUUGGCCUUGGAGGCAACAUAAAGGCAGUUUUCAUGUGCACUGGCUGCAAAGGUGGGGGUGUCUCAUUUGAGGCCUCCACAUUUGUGCAAGAAGAGAAAAGACAUGUUGGUGGGCAUGCAGUGGCAUUGUCUUUCAUUUUGAAUGGGCAGACUUAUGAGAAGUAUAAACAGGCACUUAACCUCGGUCUCGGUAUGCCUGUGUUCACUUACAACACCUACUAUGGUAUCCUCAGCAAGGUCUAUCCCCAAGUACACGCCAUCCUAGAGCAACAGAUGAAGAAAGCCCGAGCGGAUAUGCAAGAGAUGGAGGCCGGCAAACUGGGGAGCUGGAAGAGAGCUGUCACUUCUGGAGAUGGUGUGUAUCACACCAGAGGAUACCACAGUAAGAACUGCACAGUCAUUCUCGUAGAUUACCUUGAAAAUGCCCUGCUGGCAGCGAUCCACAUUUGCCAGAGAGGUAAGGAUGCUGUUCUAAAAGAUGAUGUCCUCCAGUUUCCAGGGACGUCAAAGGCUGCAGAGGGGUAUGGGUUUGAACUUAUCUGGGAAGAGCUACAAGCAGAAGGAAUGGAAGUGGAAGUACACUGGCAGGAUGCUGAUAGUACCAGUGAGACUUCCUUUUACAAAUUCUUUUCCCGGGACAAGUCCAAGGUUAUGUACUGUGGAGGUCACGUGGGCAGAGCCCACGGAAAGCAGCUAGAGAAGUUGGCGGCUAUGAAGACAUUCUCUGCAGGCUUCAAAAAGAAGCACCCUAAGUACGAACUAGACGGUCUGAAGUGUCAAUGCAGCACGCAUAAGGCAGACUGUGGCUGCCUCACAAAGAAGGCAGUAAGGCAAAUGAAGAUAAACCAUUUUGCCGCCCUGGUACAGAGUGGAACAGAUGCUGAGGUAUAUGCUCAAAGAAUGAGAGCACUGGGGUGCUACCACGGCAGAAACAUUCACAAAUGGAAAGGGGGAAAGUGUGACUUUCAUGGGAAGAAGCGAUGCACGUGUAAUGCGAACUGCGACCCACUGAAUGUGAAGUGCAAGGGCAAGCCAUACUCAACUUCACAUCCCCUAACCUGUCCGAUGCAUAUGAUGGCCUACCAAAUUGAGUGUGAACAGAGGGCUGCAAAGAGCAAGGAUGUCAUCCAUCCAGAGAUGGGUAGGGGCUAG